UGAAUCCCCCCCCCAUCCAUGUUGUAACUCCAUCCCGUCAUUAACUCCCGCGUAACAGUAACUGCUGGUUUGGUUUCAGUACCGUGAUGAUUCUUGGUCUUGACCUGUUCUUCUUUUUGCGUUAGGGGGUCGCUCUGACAGAAGGGGAAAGGGAAAUUUCUUCGAGCUUCUUGGAGCGCUCUUUGCUCGGCACUUUUUGAGUAGGAAUGCUGUUCAUUAUUGGGUCUCUUCUCGUGUUGAUGUUUCCUUCCGAUUUCUUGAACGUUUCUUCGGUUUGGGGUCGUUCUUGUUCUGUAAGGAGUUUCUUGAUUUCAGGUUCAGAAAUGGAGGGGGCAUGCAGGGAAUGCAGAAGCUGGGAAGAGGAGAUCUACUGGACCCAUUUCCAUUCCAUACAUUUCUGCCAGUUCCUUCAUGGUGACGACUUUCAUCAGCAGCUUGCCAUACCCAAAAAAUUUGCCGAGAAUCUGAGAAGCAAGUUACCUGAAAAUGUGGUCUUAAAGGGUCCUAGUGGCGCGACAUGGAAAGUUGGCGUCGUGGCUGAUGAUGAAAAUUUGCUUUUCAAACACGGCUGGCAAGAUUUCGUGAAAGAUCAUGCACUGGAGAAGAAUGAUAUCUUGGUAUUCAGGUACAACGGAGAGUCCUCUUUUAAUGUCUUAGUGUUCAACCAACAUAGUUUGUGUGAGAAGGAGGCCGCGUACUUCCACAAAAGAUGCAGCCACAAACCAAUGGACAAAGAAUGCGGUACGAAGCGAAAACUCGGGGAUUCUGCAGUGGAGGCUAUGCAUACUCCUGUACCUCAUGAUGUCAAACGAUCUCUUAUUGAGGAUCCUUCGAAGGACGGGACUGUGACAGUAGCUGAUUACAAUAUCUUAUCUCAAGCUAAAGCUUCUAAAAACUUGAUCGAGUUGGGUCCUUCGGGGAAGCCACGUAAUAAGAAGAAGGCUACUCCAAAAAAGAAACUGUCCGUCGCUUUUGAUUGUCUGGAGGAAAAACCAGAUUCUACGCCAAAAUCCCUAUUUAUUGGAUCACGGGGCUCUCCGGUUUACAUAUCCAACAGAAGACCCGUCACAGAAGAGGAGGAAUCCUCCGCCUUCAAACUUGCGCGGGCUGCAGCAUCAAGCGACAGCUUCCUGAUAGUUAUGCGACCCACGCACGUAUACAAGAGAUUUUAUUUGUCAAUUCCUACUGAUUGGGCAACAGCGAAUAUGGAUCGUCGCAACCAGGAUCUGAUUCUUCGUGUUGGUGAGGGCACUUGGCGUGCCCGGUACAGGCUCACUGGGCGUGGGAGUGGGGGGCUGUCUUCUGGAUGGAAGAACUUCGCUUUGGAGAACAACCUGGAGCAAUCUGACGUGUGCUUGUUCAAUCUCGCAAACAACAUCGAUAAGAACAUCAUCCUGGACGUCACCAUCUUCCGUGUAGUCGAGGAUGUGGUCCCUCUGACCCUGGUGACUUCUCUUCCUGUCUAGAGGCCAUUAAAAGCCAUCUUAAAAUGGUCUGGUCGAACAGUGCAACUCUUCUCCCAUGACCGUUUUGCCUGUGUUGAUCAUGGUUGGAUUCGGAGUCGUUUGGCAUUUUGGCUACUCUUGGGCAACGGACAAUAUCUUCUUUUUGUGCUUUCUUCUAGCUGGGAACAAUGGUAGAUUCGGUGAAGAAAUUCUGUAUAUGUAAUAUAUAUAUAAGCUUGAACUCAAUGUGUGCUAGACUAUGGUGUUUCGGUAAAGCAAAUUCUGUUCGACCUAAAAGCCUUCAGCGUUUGGCAAAGCUGGUGGCCUCGCUCGAAUUCUUUCGAGCCAGUUUUUUCUCUUCACUCUGCGUAGGAGAAUAUCAGAAUUUCAUCUGGUACAGGGUUGGACAAAAAACCACAUUGAGAAUUUCAUCUAAUACGGGUCAAACCAUAAAUGGCCUUCUUCAUUAUCGGUUGAUGAAGCAAUCUGCCGUUAUCAUAGAUUCCAGGAGCACAUGGUAACAUGAUGACUCCGAAGGAGGAGGAGCCACUGGGGCUGAUGAAGACAGUAUCUACAUCUACUACUAAUCAAACGAGGCAACAUUCUGGGUAUGCUUUUUUGAGUUCUUUCUUUUCGCAGUUUUGUGGUAUGAACCAACAUGUAUAUGUAGACGGUGGAAUCAUGCGAUUACACACUUUUAAUUUUAAUCUGACGUAGAGUUUCCUGUUA